AUGUCCCAGCCCCCGUACGUGCUCCGCAUCAAACGGAAAAGGGGCCAGGACCCGCUCCAGGCCUUGAUUUUGGAGGACGCGCAGCGCACCAAGCGGUCCAAGCCGUCGUCGCCCAUUUCGUCCAACCCCCGCACCCCGGUCCCGGAGGCCCGCAGCUGGUACUUCCAGCUCGCACACACAGAUAACCAGGCGGCGGCGCCCGACGCAGAAGUGCUAGCGUCGGUUCUUGCGGAAGCAGCGUCGUCGCGCGACAAGCGCCGCUUUGUCAUCCCAAAGGCCGCGUCCGAAGACGACGCCGCGAUCCCGCACGAGCUCGCGGAAAUGCUCGACAGCUUCCUCAAAGUCUCCGACGACGGGCCGCCAAAACGGAGGCGGCGCGGGGCCUUGAACGCAUCGGGUGCAGGCCUGGCCUCCGGCGCUGAGCAAGUGCCCGGCGAAACGGACACCGACGACGCCGUGGAGGAAUACGUGUUCGACGUGUACAAGCUCUCGACCACCGAGCCGCUCACCGAUGGCAACUACCCCCUGUCGCAGAUCGGGUACAUCCGGUUCUUCGACGACGACGAAUAUGACUUGAUGCAGUCCGACGACGAGAACAAGGCCCGCACGCAGAUCUACCUGGACGACGAGGACUCCAACGCAGAGUCCUUCUACCAGAACGACUACCCCGAGGACGAGGAUGCAGGCACAUACAGUGACACCUACGAGCCGCCGCAGGCAGACGACGGGGAGGACGACUACGACGAAAACAUUGGCCCCGUGAUCAUUGACUCGGCCGAGGACGCCGAGGGCAACGCGUACGAUGAAGACUCUGCGGACGAGGCGUACGAAAGGCAGCAUUUCUUCGAGGGCGAGGAUGACGACGAAAUGGCCAUCCACAGGGACAAGAUAUUCGGCAGGCUACAGCGGAUGAUCGAUGAGCAGGAGUAG